CCCGUCAGUCGCGCGCCGGACAAUCGCCGUCAUACACAAACAUUAUCCACUGCGCCGCAUCCACUUAUCAACGAUCCGGCACCGUGUGUUAUCGUGCGCCGAUAACGGACUCCCGAAUAAUAAAUCAAAUAAAUACAUUCGCCGCCAUUUAUAUGUCACCACUACGACGGGCAAUUAUACUUUUGGGCGUUUAAUUUUCGAGUGUUAAAAAACCACGGACGGUUUUUUUUUUUUUUUUAACCGCGAUCGAUUCCUUAUUUUUAUAUCUCACGCAGUGUAUCGUUAACAAAAAAAAAUAAAAAAACCGUUAAAUAUUGUUUGCAUUUUUUGUAUUAUGAGUGCCGUUUUGGGCGACUCGUCGUGAGAUCAUCACCCGGGUAAACGAUGAACGCGAUAAUGACCAUUCUGUGGGCCGCGUGUGUCCUGUCGUCCCUGCUGCCGGCUCCGACGUCCGGUUACAGGGCGGUCCGCACUUCCGGGCCGUCCGGCCCGUUACCGGUAACCGUACACGUUCGGGCUGCCGGCUCUAUGGGUUCAGCCGCCGCGGCCAACAGGACAGCGGCCGCAGCCGCCGCCGCCGCCGCCACUGCCUCCACCGUGAUCACGCCGCUACAGGCCGCUUCGGCCACAAUGUUCUCGACCACGAGUUCGGCGUCCAACCAGACAAGGAAUCAAACUAGAUCCGAAAGGCUAAGAGCCAGGGAACAGUACUUGUUCAACGUGUUCGAGGUGAUCGUCUCCACGUUGGAGACGAAACUGCAGCGAAUAGAGAACCUGGACAAAGCGGUCGAGCACCUGAUGCGUCGAGUGGAGGCGCUCGAUUCGCGGGUGACCAACAACAUCGACAAGACGGAGGCGGUGAUCGGCAAGCUGAGAAAUUUGGACACCAAAUUGUUCCAAAAGGAACCGGGCGCGCUUGGCCAUCACCUGGAGACCCGGUUGACGGCUCUGGACCGCAAAGUGGGCGACAUCGACACAAAGCUGGUAGGCCUCAAGAGUCAGCUCGAUAACAAUUUCCUGGGGCCGGCCGACGACAUCAACGCGGAGGCCAGCGAGAAGAAACCGGUAAACGUUCACCAGAUGGACGUGUCCAAGCUGCUCAACGCCGAGCUGGACGCCAUCCGCGCCAGCACGGCCAACAUCGACCGCAAGCUACAGUUCCACAUCAACGUGGUGUCCGACGGCAUAGGCAAGAUCAUCACCAUGGUGACGGAUGUGCACGGCGCCAUCGUUGAGCAGGACAACGUGCGUACGGCCGCCGGCAACAGGACCACUACGACUACGCCGGCGCCCCCCGAGCGCACCAACAAGAUCGACCGGCUGGUCAGGCAGAUGCAUCCCAUAUUGAGCGUCAGCGAAAAAAUGGACGAGGUGUGGAAUGUGGUGGUGGGCACGAAGAGCUCGGUGGACGACCUGGUGCCCAAGUCGAACGAGCUGCUGACACAGACGCAGCGUCAGGAACGGGCCAUCAGUGACAUACACGAUGACCUGCGCAUGAACACCAACAAGAUCAUCGCCAACUUGGAUGUGGUCGAGCGCAGGCUCAAGAAGCAAGAGGACGACGUGGUCACGUUGGCCCAGCGGCCAGUAUCACCGGAACUGCUCCGCCUGGAUCCGACCAUUGACGAGUAUGGCCGGUACGACGAACAGCAAUUGUCCGAGUCCACCCCGCUGUCAGCCGCCACCGUGACGUUCACCACGCCGGCCAGCGUGGGCCCUGGCCCGUCGUCUGGCGCUCCUCCGGAUCUACAACAAAACGUGCAGACGUCCAGGAGUGCGCCCAAAAACCGAGGAGUGGUAUUCCCAAGCGUCAAGAACAAACCGCCGCCGGCCAACAUCAGUUUCUUGACCGACCAGUUCAACAGAGAAGUCAAAGGAUUUUCAUGCUUGGACCUGUUGAACGCUGGCAUGAAGCAAUCCGGAGUGUAUUACUUGCAAAUCCGGGGCACAGCUUAUUGGUACCUGAAGGUGUUUUGCGAACAAGAGAUCGCCGAUGGCGGAUGGACGGUUAUUCAGAGGAGAGACGACAUCGGAGAUCCCAUACGGGAAAAUUUCAACAGGGACUGGACGGACUACAAGAAUGGGUUCGGCGAUCCGACCAAAGAGUUUUGGAUGGGUAACGAGAACAUUUACAUGUUGACAAGCAACGACGAGUACAUGCUGAGGAUCGAACUAGAAGAUUUCGAAGGCAACAGAAGAUAUGCUCAAUACUCGCACUUUAAAAUCUACUCCGAGGCGGAAUACUAUAAACUGGAAAUCGACGGUUACGAAGGCAACGCGGGAGACUCGUUGAACGAUCCGUGGUACGGAAGCAACAACAGUCCGUUCUCCACGUACAACAGAGAUAACGACAGGUCUAGUUUGAACUGCGCGUCCAUGCUGAAGGGCGGAUGGUGGUGGAAGUCUUGCGGCAGAGGACUGAACGGAUUGUACCUGAACGAUCCCCAAGACUUGACGGCCAGACAAGGUAUCGUGUGGUUCCGUUGGAGAGGAUGGGAUUACACACUGAAGAAGGCACAAAUGUUAAUCAAACCAAAGGUCACCGCUAUUCCACCGUUGCCAGUAACCAACACCGUCCGAUAAGAAAACACGAGCACAGAGUUUUUAAUCUGCCAAAAAAAAAUACAGUCCCACGCCAUGUGCUGAAAUCUGUCCGGAGAUCGAUUACUGUUAGGCUCAAUAUUACUACUAUUUUUGUAUUUUUUUUUUUUAAUUUCUUCUAUACAUCCCCAAAACGUAUCAAAGGAUUACACGGAAUACGGAACAUCCGUUUUGGUCGAAUCGGAAGGCGUAGAAAAUUAAUGUAAAAAAGAUUGUAUUUAUUAUGUUGUAAAUAUAUUUAAAAUGUGCCUUAUAUAAUAAUAUUAUAUAAAUAUUACUUAGUUAUAUUUUAGGCGAACAAAAGUUGUUUAUCUUUAUUAUAAUUAUUAUUUUAUUUUUUUUAACUUUGUUAAUAAUGUUAUUCAAUAUUAUUUUUGAUCAUUUAAACACGUCAAUGAGUUUUGUUAAUAGAUUUCGUAUUCUUAUACACAUUCCUCUUAUCAAUCCAUCAUUAUUCAUAAUUGUUAUAUAUAUAUUCAUAU